CUGUGUACAGGAGAUCCACCUGAUAACGCUGUGUACACUGUGGAGGAAUGAGCCUGAAGACUUGUCCCUGAAGGUGCACAGGAAUGUGCUGAACCAUAGACUAGAUGAACCCACAGGAACAGAACUUUCUAGUGCAAACGUGCUCCUCAGGGAAGAAAUGAUGACAACCCUCUCCGUGUUCCUCGAUGUUCCUAAGUCUAUAAAGGAUAAAGAUCAGCAGCAGGAAGAGGCUUAUCAUAAAGACAGGGACAGAAGAAAAGUUUUCCUUGGACACAGAGCCCUCUUAUCUGAGGAUGGCCAACCAUGGGUUCCGUUGCCAGUGAAGAAGGCCUAUCUCCAGAUAGUCAAUGACCCAACAAGAAGUUAUGAGCAUCUGCCAGUCGCCGGAGCACCAGAGUUCAUCCGAGGAGCUACAGAGUUUGCUCUUGGGAAGAACAGCAAAGCUAUCUUACGAAAUAGGGCAAGUGGUGUACAAACCCCAGGAUCUACCGGGGCUUUCAGAAUAGGAGCGGAGUUCCUAAAUCGCUGGCAUAAUAUCAAUCAGGAAACUUCAAUCUGUCUUGCUCUGCUUGCUCAUGACAAGUAUCGUUGGAUAUUUGAAGCUGCCGGAUCAACACAUAUCUAUCCUUAUCGGUUUUGGGAUAACAAAACUAUGGGCCUGGCAUUGCCAGACAUGCUAGAGGAUCUGGAGAAGUCUCCAGACUAUUCUAUAGUUCUCCUACCAACUUCCUGCAACUCAACUGGAAUCCAACCCCAAAUCAGUGACUGGAAACAGAUAGCAGAUCUCAUGAAGAGGAAGAGCAUGUUCCCGUUUUUCCACCUUAAAGAUCAAGGCCUGGCGUCGGGAGACAUGGACACAGAUGCUUGGCCUGUGCGCUACUUUAUAUCUGAAGACUUUGAGCUCUUCUGUGCCCAGUCAUUUUCUGCAAGUUUUGGAUUAUACGGGGAGAGAAUCGGGAAUCUGUUAAUUGUUAUGAGGAGCAAUGAAGUUCUUAUCAGUGUCCGCUCCCAGCUAGAAAGUCUUGCACGUGAGAUAUGGUCAACACCGCCAUGUUUCGGUUCACGGGUUGUGGCAAUGGUGCUGAGCAAUCCCUUACUGUAUGUAGAAUGGAAGGACAGUUUGAAGACGGCGGUAAGACGCCUCAUGAUUAUCAGAGAAAAAAUUAGGGAGAAGCUGAGACUACUGGAGACUUUAAAAUCUUGGGAGCAUCUCACCAAGCAGGGUGGUUUGUUUGCUUUUAUGGCAUUAACACCUAAUCAAGUGGAUUUCCUGGCUAAAAAGAAGCAUGUAUAUUUAUCAGAACAUGGCCAGAUGAAUAUUUCAGGCCUAAAUGCAAAUAAUCUGGAUUAUGUCACACGGUCUAUACAUGAGAUUACUAUGAAUGAAAAUUAGCAUGCAGCUUCUGUAAGACAAUCCAGAAUCUCACUAAACGAAGGGAAGAAGGACAAUUAUUUGACAACUUGAAGGAUAUGAACACCUUUGGGGCAAUGCUUUUUUAUCAUUGUGAAGUACCUCAGACUUGGGUGUAUCUGUAAUUGAAAAGUCAUGAUAUGUAUUUUCAUUGUUAUGCUCAGUACUAGUGUGGAGCGAAAUUGUUUUUUAAGUUCUGCGUUC